CCUCGGGGCUCGUGGCGUCGGCCUGGCGGCCUCCAUCAAUAGAGACGAGGCAGCUGGAGCGGCGGCGGGCGGAAGCGGGUCCGUGGGUCGAGGCCCGGCGCCGGGGCGGGGGCAGAACAGCCAGGCGGAGGCGGCCGCGGGCCGCCUGGGCAGAAUGUCACGAUGGACGAGGGGGGCACGCCCCUGCUCCCCGACAGCCUAAUCUACCAGAUCUUCCUGAGCUUGGGCCCAGCAGACGUGCUGGCCGCUGGGCUGGUGUGCCGCCAAUGGCAGGCUGUGUCCCGGGACGAGUUCUUGUGGAGGGAGCAGUUCUACCGCUACUACCAGGUGGCCCGAGAUGUCCCCCGACACCCAGCGGCCACGUCCUGGUACGACGAAUUCCGGCGGCUCUAUGACACAGUGCCCUGCGUGGAGGUGCAGACUCUGCAGGAGCACACUGACCAGGUCCUGCACCUCAGCUUCUCCCACUCAGGCUGCCAGUUUGCGUCCUGCUCCAAGGACUGCACAGUGAAGAUCUGGAACAACGACCUGACCAUCUCGCUGCUGCACAGCGCGGACAUGCGGCCGUACAACUGGAGCUACACCCAGUUCUCCCAGUUCAACCAGGACGACUCACUGCUGCUGGCCUCGGGGGUGUUCCUGGGGCCCCACAACUCCUCCUCUGGCGAAAUCGCGGUCAUCAGCCUAGACAACUUCGCGCUGCUGUCCCGUGUGCGCAACAAGCCCUACGACGUGUUCGGCUGCUGGCUCACAGAGACCAGCCUGAUCUCGGGGAACCUGCACCGCAUUGGAGACAUCACCUCCUGCUCGGUGCUCUGGCUCAACAACGCCUUCCAGGACGUGGAGUCUGAGAAUGUCAACGUGGUGAAGCGGCUUUUCAAGAUCCAGAACCUCAACGCCAGCACCAUCCGCACCGUGAUGGUGGCAGACUGUGGCCGCUUCGAUAGCCCCGACCUCCUGCUGGAUGCCGGCGCGCCUCCCGGCCGCAUCUUUGACCUGGGCAGUGAUGGCGAGGGCGACGAGGAGGCGGUUGGCCCGGUCCUGGUGCGCGCCAAGGAGGGCUUGCGACGCCCCCUGGACGGGCUCCUGGACACGCGGGCGCAGCCACAGCUGGCAGAGCGCGCGUUGGAGACCAAGGUGGCCGAGCUGCUGGCCCAGGGCCGCACCAAGCCCCCCGAGCGCAGCGCGGCCGGCGCCCAGAGCAAGCUCCUCAUCUUCACCACCGGCUGCCUCACCUACUCGCCACACCAGAUCGGCAUCAAGCAGAUCUUGCCACACCAGAUGACGACGGCAGGGCCCGUGCUGGGCGAGGGGCGGGGCUCUGACGCCUUCUUCGACGCCCUGGACCACGUCAUCGACGUGCACGGGCACAUCAUCGGCAUGGGCCUGUCCCCCGACAACAGGUACCUGUACGUGAACAGCCGCGCCUGGCCCAGCGGCUCAGUGGUGGCCGACCCCAUGCAGCCGCCGCCCAUCGCGGAGGAGAUCGACCUACUAGUGUUCGACCUCAAGACCAUGCGGGAGGUGAAGAGGGCCCUGCGCGCCCACCGCGCCUACACGCCCAAUGACGAAUGCUUCUUUAUCUUCCUGGACGUCAGCCGGGACUUCGUGGCCAGCGGGGCGGAGGACCGGCACGGCUACAUCUGGGACCGCCACUACAACAUCUGCCUGGCCAAGCUGCGGCACCAGGACGUGGUCAACUCAGUGGUCUUCAGCCCCCAGGAGCAGGAGCUCCUGCUGACCGCCAGCGAUGACGCCACCAUCAAAGCCUGGCGCUCGCCGCGCAUAGUGCGCAUCCACCAGGCCCCGCGGCCGAGGCCCCGCCCCUUCUUCUCCUGGUUUGCCAGCCAGAGGCGCUGACCAGCAGGGGGUGCUGGGUGUCCUCGAGCUGCUGGGACUCACUGAGGACGCCAUGGAAGCUGUGGCCCUUUCCCAUGGGCCGAGCCACUGCCCAGACCGCGUCGCGGGCAGAGAAGCCCACAGCAGUAAUGCCUUAGGAAGGGGGUCCCGCGGGGCCGGCAGCCCGACCCCCACCACGCUCGUGCACACACACACCGCCUCCCGCAGCCAUGACGCUUAGUGCUGGGGCGGCCAGGGUGGCCUCCUGGCUGACUUGUGGUGCACAGGACACUGGGGGCCCCGGUCUCCACUCCCCUUUUCCCCAGGCCUGGGCCCGGGGAGGAGUCAGCACAACACGUACCCCUCGGCGGGCCCUGGGCAGCGUUUCCUGGGUCUGAUCUUACCCUGGGAACCGCGGGUGCCCACUCUGGUCGGCAGGGUGGGUCACUCUGCCGUGGGCCCCAGCGAACUGCAUGUCACUAGUCACCUAUUCAGGACCUGAAUAAACAGUUGGCAACAGCA